GCAGGCGUCACGGAGGGCCAAAGCCUGGGCGGUUAGGCUGAGCCGGCCGAGCGGGCCGAGCGGCCGGAGCGGGCGGAGCAGGCGGCGGGCGGCGGGCAGUGUAGGGAUGAGCUACGGAGCAGGGAAAACUGCCGACUGAGCGGCCGCUUCGGGGCCCUCGCUUGUCGUUUCCGUCUUUAUUCCGUCCAGAGUCCCUCCUGGCUCGCGGACCCGCCCACCCUUCCCAUACCGUGGGAGGAAGCGCGGCUGCUUGACGAGUUAGGGGCUGAAUGUUUAGCUCUCUUGCUCCCCUAGGUCCCCAGAGACAAGCUGGAUUCCGAGGUCAAGGGCUCCCUCUCCUCCUGCGCCCCGGCCCGGGCCGAGGAGUCCGACCGUGGAGGGGCGAGCUCGGGAGGAAAGCAGAUGAGGAUGGCUCAGUCCAACAUGCCCCACAAGUCUGAUGUGUUGAGUCAAGAUGAACUGCGCAAAAAGCUAUACCAGACGUUUAAGGAUCGGGGUGUACUGGACACACUUCAGACCCAACUCCGAAACCAGCUAAUUCAUGAAUUGAUGCAUCCUGUAUUGAGUGGAGAAGUGAAGCCGCCAUCCAUUUCAGUGGAAGGGAGUGCCCUCCUAAUAGGGGCUUCUAACUCGCUGGUGGCAGACCACUUACAAAGAUGUGGCUAUGAAUAUUCACUCUCUGUUUUCUUUCCAGAAAGUGGUUUGGCAAAAGAAAAGAUAUUUACUAUGCAGGAUCUACUACAACUCAUUCGGAUUAACCCCUCAUCCAGUCUCUAUAAAUCAUUGAUUUCAGGAUUUGAUAAAGAAAAUAAAAAAGGUUUUCUUAUGAGUUUCUUAAAGGAGUUGGCAGAAUAUUAUCAAGCUAAAGAGAGCUGUGAUGCGGAAACUCAGACAAGCACCACAUUUCCCAGCCAAGUGUCCCUAGCCGAGAAGUUUCAGCUUAUUGACGCUCAAUUUGCAGAUGGUUUUCCUCACCGUUCCAAGCUAGAAUCUUUAGAGACAAAGUUAAACGAGUAUAAGAAAGAAGUACAACACCAGCUUCAGGUAGAAAUGUGUCAUAAGCUGAAGUAUUUUAGAGAAGCUGAAAUAACAAAAGUUAAGAUGGAAGAGAGAAGAAAGUAUGAAAAGGAAUUGGCUGAGUUCCAGAAUGAAUUUGAAAGAACUUGUCAAGCAAAAAAUGAAGCCCUCAUUUCUCAGGAGAAGAAUUCUCUGGAAAGAAUUAAAAAACACCGAGAGAUGGAAUCAAAAGAAAUUUAUGCUCAAAGACAGCUUCUACUAAAUGAUAUAGCUUUGCUUAGAGGUAGAGAAGCAGAGCUGAAGGAGCGAAUCGAAACUUUUGAAUUGACCCAGAAGCUCCAAGAAGAAAAAAUUAAAAGUGAGGCUGAGGCACUUGAGAGACGGGAACAGAAUCUGAAGAAUAUUGAAGACACCUAUGAUCAGAAACUCAAAACUGAACUGCUAAAGUACCAACUGGAGCUAAAGGAUGACUACAUCACUAGGACAAAUAAACUCCUGGAAGAGGAAAGGAAGAAUAAAGAAAAAACUAUUCAUUUGCAAGAGGAGCUCACAGUUAUUAAUUCAAAAAAGGAAGAACUCAGUAAAUCUGUUAAGCAUAUGAAAGAAGUUGAGCUGGAACUGGAGUCUGUGAAAGCUCAGUUUUUAGCAAUAUCAAAACAAAACCACUUGCUGAAUGAAAAGGUGAGAGAGAUGAGUGAUUACUCACAACUGAAAGAAGAGAAAGUGGAGCUUCAGGCACAAAAUAAACUACUUAAACUGCAACUGGAAGAGACUAGGAAUGAAAACUUACGACUCCUAGACCGCAUAACUCAGCCACCUCCUGAGCUUGUGAUUUUUCAGAAGGAAUUACAGAAAACAGAAAAGGCUAUGGAACUGGAGCACAAGGACUUUGAAACUCAUAGGCAGGCUCUUGAGAAACAGCUGCAGAGUGAAAUUGAAAAUUCUGCACAGCUAAGGACCCAGAUAGCAGAAUAUGAUGCUUCUGUCAAAAGGUUAACUGUUCAGGUGGCUGAGUUAAAGUCACAACUAAAACAAACUCAGAUAGCCCUAGAGAAUGAAGUGUACCGAAAUCCAAAACACUCUCUGAUUCAUUCCCUGAGUGGCCUCCUAUUGAGCGGCAAGAUGGCACCCCACAGUGAAGAUAAAAGUGGGGAUUUCUUGAAUGUACCCCUUGAACAGAACAAGGUUAUAGCAGGUGCAGUUAUGUCAAGGGUCCCACCUUAUGUAAAUACAGCAACAGAAGCUAGUUCCCCAGAGUCUGACUUUGAGUUUAUAGCCAGUAGUACUAAAGCCAAAGUAAGAGAGCUAGAGCAAGAGGCUGAACGCUUGGAAAAGGCAUUCAGAACUUACUAUCAAAGAGCUACUCAGAAUCCUUCUACGAGCCCUCAGCCGGCAAAGAGUCCUCCAUCUGUAAACUCGGUGGCAGCUCUCAGAAGCAUAGCUUCCAGUUCCAUGGACAGACCUGUUUCUGCAGAGGACAGAGUUGUCUCGGAACAGCCUCUUGGGGACAUGCUGAAGGAAGAAAUGAGUGAUAUGUCCAAAGCAUUCAUGGGCAGUGUGGUUUCACGGCCACGCAGGACCUCUUCCUCCACACGCCUCUCCUCUACACCCCAUCCAAAAUCGAGAAGAAGUCUUGAUAAUGAAAUGUAUCUGGAAGGUCUCGGGAGAUUACACAUGACUUCCUCCAGCCCUCUUCUUGACAGAGUUUCUGCAUCACCUGCUGCUUCCCCUAGUCCUUGUCCUGAGAGAACAGCCCAGGCGUCACCUGUUCCAUCUAGGCACAGCUUCUCUGGUCUUCCAGAGCAAAAUGCCUGUUUAUAUCAGAGACAAACUGAAACGCAAGAUAAAAGUGAGCUUUCAAAUGUGGACAAGCAAUCUUUGAAAGAUGAGAAAUUUGAACCACCUUUCAGAUGGAACAAGACAGAACAGUUUGAAGCAGAAGGACUCCACCCUGCUGGUGACAUGCCUGGAAUAGAUUUUGCUGUGGCUACUCAGUCUUCAAGACUCAUUUCAUACGACUACCCAAGUGCUGUUCAGAGCCAAACUGGAGAACAAGACGAACAGGAGCUAUGGGAGCUUCACAUGAAAGAACGCAGGCAGAGAGAAGAACAAAGGCAUAAUGAACGGCAAGAAGCUUUAGAGAGGGAAAGAAGAGAGCUGGGAAAACUAGAGCAGGAGCGGAGGAUGAUUGAAGAGUCACUGAAGAUGGAGAUGGAAGAAGAAUUAGAAAAGAGUGUUCAAGACCAGAAAGACAAAUCAGCUCAUUGUGAAAAUACUUUAGAAAAAUACAUGAAAAUUAUCCAGCAGAGACAGGAAGAAUCAAAUGCAGAUAAGAGCUCCAAAAAAUCGGGCAAAGAAUGCUCACUAGUGGACAUGAUGAUGCCUAGUGACAAGGAUGAAAGGUAUGGCUUCCUUCAAACAUGUCCCUCAGGCAAAUCAGUAUUGCUCAUGUUACCAGAUAAAAAUGAUCAGAUACUUGAGCUUGCCUUAAAGAAACCAUUGGAUUAGUAAAAAUUACUCCUUUUGAAAGUUAGUAUAUGAUAGUAUAUUCUGGUAAUUCCAGCACUCUGCUGCCUGAGACAGGAAGAUCAAGAGUUUGAAGCUACCUUGGGCUACAUAGUAAGACUCUCAAAAGUUAUGAAUUUAAAAGGGAUGGAGGUUUACUUCAGUUAGCAGAGUGUUGAACUAAAAGGUAGAAGUCCCUGGGUUCAAUCCCAGACACUCAUAAACAGGGCAUGGUGCCACAUGCCUGUAAUUCCAUUACUCAGGUAGAAGCAGGAGGUAUUUAAAAAUUUAAGGUAAGUUUUGUUUACAUAGGCCAGCCUGAGGCACAGGAGGCCUUUAUUAAAAAAUAAAACAGAACAAAAUAAAAAGCCACUGGCCUCAAAAAGUCGAUUGUGAUUUGACUUGUGAAAUUGACCCUAAUACUAAUUGUAAGUGAGAGCAAAAACACGACAAGAAAGGAGGAGGACCAUUCUGAAGAUGUAGAGCAGUGCUUCUUAGCCUUCCCAAUGCCGUGACCCUUUAAUACAGUGCCUCAUGCUGUGGUCACCCCAACCAGGAAGUUAUUUUCAUUGCUACUUCUUAACUGUAAUUUUGCUACUGUAGGAAUUGUAAAUAUAUGUUUUCCGAUGGUCUUAGGUGACCCCUGUGAAGGGUUGUGACCUACAGAUUAAGAACCUGAUGAUGUAGAAGUUGGCAUGAAUUUUUUAAACAUCUAAUUUUUCUCUUUAGUUCUCCAGGAUUUUCUCAUGAAGAACCAGAUGACAUGUGGUAAUAACAUUAGCUGUCUAGUUUCUCACAAGAAGUCACGUAAUAUGUGUUCUUGUUUUUCUGGAAUUAAAGUUGUCAAAAAAACUUUGUGUAUUUUUUUAACAUUGUUUUAAUUUUAUACCAUAAUGUCUGAGACAACAGUAACAGAGUCAGCUGAACCCUUCCCCCCUCCCCUUUUAUUUUUGGAGACAAGAUCUCUGUGAAGCCCUGGCUGGCCUUGAAGUCACAGAUUCGCCUGCCUCUGCCUCCCUUUGAAGGCAUGCACCACCACACUUGGCCCAUGUAGUCCUCUAGCCAUGGCAUGUAUUCAUUGUUUUAAAAUGACAUUCCUCUCUCUGGCUUUGUCUUAAGUUACAUCUAUUUGAAAACUUAUCUUGUCACCUUCCAGGCUUGCAUUUGCUAAGUUUAAGCUGUGUGCCUCCUGCUCCACACUUGGGCUAUAAUGUGUAAAACAGGAAGCCAUCCUCCCAGCACAGUUUUGUCCCUGGACAUGAACACAAAUCUUUUCAUUGUAAUGUCUAUAAAUAAUAUUUUGCAUCUGGUGUGGUUAAACUUGUAGGUUCUCCAGUAUUCAUAUGUUUGAACCCUAGUGUGAUGGUAUUAGCUGGUGGGCCUCUGGGGCGUGAUGCCAUGAAAGCAGACCCUCCUACAUAGAAUGAAUGAGAGCGCAGUCAUCCCUUUCAGAAGUACCAAGAACUUGACACUGUACAAACCAAGGCCUGACCCUUACCAGGCACUGAACUUGCCAGCACUUUGUUACUGAGAUUCUCAGUCUCCAGAACUGUAAAAAUGAAACAAAAACUCCAAAGUUCUAUUCUUUACUCCCUACCUUGUCUAAGAUUAUUUUUGUAGCAGGAGUAAGCCAGCAUCUUUACUGUAGAAUCCUUUAAUCUUAUUUAUAAUGGAUAAUGGGUGAACUUGUUGAUUUUUAAAUAUUUAGGUUACUAAAUAUUUUAAAUAUUUUAAAAUAUAAUAAAAAGGUAACUUAUAACUCUGACUUCUUUUUUUUUUUUAACCCUCCAAGACAGGGUUUCUUGGUCUAGCAGUCAUGGCUGUCCUGAAACUCACUUUGUAGGUCAGAUUGGCUUCAAACUUAUAGAGAUCUGCCUGUCUCUGCUGCUCAAGUGGUGGGACUAAAGGUGUGUGCCACCACCUGGCUCAUUUCAUCCUUUAAAGUGUGUGUGUGUGUGUGUGUGUGUGUGUGUGUUUAAACCAGAGGUAAUUGGAAAAACCUGUGUCCCCCAGAGGUUCCUAUGUUUGAUGGUAGAAUUACUGUCAAGGUUACUUGUGGUUGUGUUAAAGCACUCUAGUAUUUAUUCAGGAGGCUUAUCCAGUGACACAGUGCAGCCUGAGCAGACGGUGUUAAGUGAGACAAGCUUCAUUACAUUGGAGCUCCUGCUCAUUUCCCUGCAGUGCGUGAGUGAAGGGGAAUGAUCCAGAGGCAAGUCCUCAUUUAGAGGUGCUGUGCCCAGAAUGCUAAAGGCACGGCCUCACAUGGAGAGCAAAUGCAUAGGCACCCUGACAGGGUUCUUUCAAGUUAGACAAGGAAAUCCCCACACAAAUUUAGUGCUGCUGCUUAAAGAAUCAACUUAGACUUAGCUUUCAUUAUAUCCCCAAAUAUACCUUUCCCCCUAGACUUUGGCUUAUAAGUCAACAGUUUAUAGACCCUUAUUCAAGUUCCCCAUUUUUUCCUUUGCCCAAGAUUAAACUAUGUAUGUGUCAAUCCUGUAGGUAGAUGGCUUUUUAUUGGAGAAACUAGUUGGGAAAAUUCUGUGCGUUUCACACUCAAGUGCUAGUAGCAUUUUAUACAAAGUACAGCUCAGUGGGCUACAGUAUUUUCUCAAUUUGCUCUUGCUAAAAACAUUUUGCUUGUGUUUGUGUGCACGUGCAAAAUGAAACCAGUAGCAGUCUUCCAUGGACUAUAUGUCUCUACCUAUGUAAAAUCUUGAUGAUGUAUAUUAUUUAAAAAAAAUGACACCAUACCGCGAACAGAGAAAGAUAGGAUUUAUGUAUGGUAAAAAGGCAAGCGAAUGAAGCUAUAAUUUUAUUUCAUUAUUCUUUAGUACAUCCACAACUAUUUCCACCUAAAUAGAUCUUUAAAAUAAGCAUACACAAGUAUUGACUAUUAUCUACAAAUAUUUAUUGUAACACUUGAAUAGAACUACAGGAAGCCCUUGGCACUGAUAGAAAAUAUUGAUUCACUGUUAGGUUACAAAAAUUUAUACAUAGCAAAAUUUAAUGCUCUUUACAUAAAAAAUAUUAGACUACUUCAACAAAACUUUCAAAAGUUCCUGGCAAUAGCUACCAGAAUUAGAAAAGUAAAAUUAGGCUUUAGACACCGCCUCUUCUAGAACACUGGACUCUUAACAGCACCUCCACUGCUGGAAACAAUAAUUCUGUCAUGCAACAGGAAAACAAAACACUAAGCUAUCUUGGAACAACUGUUCUACA